CACACCUCUUCUUUUGCCACAAUCCCCACCAGAUCCCUUCUCACGAAACCAACCACAUCACCACCACCUUGCUCCAAAUCCCACUCCAACACUUUCCUAAACUACUCUUGCCUCUUCACCCAAAACCCAUUUCUCUCCAUCCCUUAUCUCUCUCUCCUCAUCCUCCUCUUCUUCUAUAUCCUCAUCAAAACCGCUCAAGACCACUUCUCCAUUGUAACUACCAAGCUAACUAACCAACUAAAUCUCUCUCCCACUAUUGGUGUUGUUACUCUUUUGGCCUUAGGCAGUGGCGCCCUUGAUGUCUUCGCAUCAGUCGCCGCGGUCCGAGGAGGCCAGUACCGAACUGGGUUCGGAGCAAUACUCUCUGCGGGGACCUUUGUCACUGCUUUUGUUGUUGGUUUCGUGGCAAUCUACGCCGCACCCUUUUCGUUGAACCCUGUGACUUUUGUGAGGGACGUGUUGUUUUACUUGGUGGUGGCAUUGUUUUUGUUCUAUGUGUAUCUUAGUGCCAAGAUUUUUCUGUGGCAGGCUGUUGGGUUUUAUGUGUUUUUUGUUGGGAUUGUGUUUUGGAUGGAUUUUGGAUUGGGUGGAGGGAGGAGGAAGAUUGAGGCUGAGCUGGGUUUAGAUUUAGGAUUUUGAGAUUUUGUUUGUUUUCUCUUUGGGCAAAACGG